UCUUUGUCUUGGGUUUAAUUAUCCCGUUUGUGUCAGUGAAAGCGUAAAGUUGGCGUUCGUUUUCGCUACGGGAUGGCGCUAUCGUGGAUGUACCGUCAUCACACACACGCACGUGCACUGCACGUGAGGACAUCUCGUCGAACAUCUCGCGCGGCGCCGGCGCCAAAUCGGCGCUCGGUGGAGAGAACUACCGGUGGGAGGAGCGGCGUGCGGCGAUGCUGGCCAGAACUCAUGGAUCCCAAGGCCGCCGCCCGCCGCAGGAAGGCAAACUCCGGCCGCUUCCUGGCUGGUGUGGACACGGCGGCGCCUAGCUCUGCCGGGCGAGCCGGUCGGCGGAGAGGGCAGGCCAGCGGCACCGACGUCGUCUUCAUCCCAUUGGCAAAGGUCCUCCUCCUCGCGGAGGACAACAGCACCGUCAACGCCUGUGCCACUUACUGCCCACCGGCCCCAGGAAAGGGCCAGCCUUUUCAGUUCCCCUUGAGCAAGGAUUGCUCCGGCAUUGGCUGCUGCAGUGCUGCCAUCCCCAAAGGCUACACCUCUUACAGCAUCCAGGUCCAGCCCCCUGGCAAUGUUUCUGAAUUCGAUGCAGACUCUUCAGUCUACAUAGCCGAGGAAGGCUCCUAUAAUGUCACGCGCCUGAUAUUCGAAACUGUAAACACUCUUCCAGUCUUGCUGGACUGGGUGAUCAGCAACUCAACAUGUGGCAAGGAGCUUCUUGGCACGCCUACAUCUGGGUGCCGUAGCAGCAGCAGCUCCUGUCAGAACUAUACGAGCUUUGCUUACAAAGGGUACCGCUGUCGCUGCUCUGCUGGCUAUCAAGGCAACCCUUAUGUUGUGGAUGGAUGCCAAGACAUUGAUGAGUGUGCGCACUGGGAACUCCACUCAUGCUACGGAACCUGCAUAAAUAUGCCUGGAGCGUUUCGCUGCCAAUGCCCUGAUGAGACCUACGGGAAUCCCUUCAUGAAAGGGGGGUGCAUCAAGAACAAGAAAUCCUCUCAAGGUUUAAGCAUAGGCCUAGUAGCCAGUGGUGGGUCAAUUCUUGUGCUUCUGGCUUUUGGUGCUCCCUUUGUGACACGUAAGAUCAAGCAACAGAAGGCCAAAAAAAGAAAAGACAAGUUUUUCAAGCAAAAUCAUGGGUUGCUAUUUCAGCAGUUAGUAUCACAAAGAGCUGAUAUGGGUGAACGAAUGAUCAUCACCCUAGCAGAGCUAGAGAAGGCCACAAACAAUUUUGACAAAACUCGUGAGGUUGGCGGUGGAGGACAUGGCAUUGUGUAUAAAGGCAUUCUGGAUCUACAAGUUGUAGCCAUCAAGAAAUCAAAGAUUAUCGUACAGAGAGAAAUCGAUGACUUUAUUAAUGAGGUUGCAAUUCUUUCCCAAAUCAACCAUAGGAAUGUCGUAAAGCUUAUUGGAUGUUGUCUCGAGGCAGAAGUCCCAUUGUUGGUUUAUGAGUUCAUUUCAAAUGGAACUCUUGAGCAUCAUCUGCACGUAGAAGGAUCGGUAUCACUCUCAUGGAACGACCGGUUGAGGAUUGCACUUGAGAUCUCUACAGCUCUGGCCUAUCUACAUUCAGCUGCUUCAAUACCAGUGUAUCACAGAGAUAUUAAGUCCGCCAACAUACUUCUUGACGAAAGCUUAACAGCCAAGGUAUCAGACUUUGGGGCUUCAAAGUUUAUUCCUAUUGAUCAAACGGGGGUGACUACUGCGGUUCAAGGAACCAUUGGCUACUUGGAUCCCAUGUACUAUUACACUGGCCGUCUAACAGACAAGAGCGAUGUCUUCAGCUUUGGCGUGCUUCUCGUAGAACUGCUUACCAGGAAGAGGCCACUCGCCUAUGAUUCUGUGGAUGGCGAUAGUCUUGUUCUGCAUUUUGCCUCGCUGGUUACGGGAAGCGUGCUGGCUGACUUGCUGGAUCCUCAGGUCAUGGAAGAGGAAGACGGAGAGGUCCAGGAGGUAGCUGCGCUGGCAGCAAAGUGCGUGAGGUUGAACGGAGAAGACCGGCCGGCGAUGAGAGAAGUCGAGAUGACGCUCGAAAACCUGCGGAUCAAGAGGAAGCAAGCUGCGCGUGAUGCAAAAUCUAGGAGGUAUGAUGAUGAUGGCCAAUUCUCUAUCGACGACACGGCAACUGAAGGGGACACCGAGGAGCCAAGUGGGGAGUACACCGUGGAAGAGCGAAUCUUGUUGUCGGAGAGGUAUCCUCGAUGAUGAUCUGUUUUGGCCUGAAGAACAACUCUACUGCAUGGUUCCUUGUAAUACAUGUCAAGUCAAAGGACGUCUUCGGAUGAUUUUGCUGAGGAGGAAACCUAGUUCUUGUUCAAUUGUAAAUCUUUCUGGAAACAAUUUGGUAGCGACAUUUCCUUGAUUCGGAUGAUUUUGUACAUUUCAUGUGAACGUUAAGGAUGGUUCGGCUGACAGGGCGAUUCGGCUCCA